AUGUCGAUCUCGAACAGCGUGCGAAAGCUGGAGACGGACGCGUACGGCGCGAUCCUGAAAGCGAUGGCGGUGACGGGGCUGACGUGGGAGCGCGAGGAGUUUUUAGGACGGCUCAGGGUGGAAUUAAACGUCUCGAGCGAGGAGCACUUGAAGAUGAGGGACCAGGUCGAAACGGACGAACGCGUCGCUAAAUUGCGACAAGGGCUGACGGAUCAUAAGGAUACGCAGGAGGCGAAGCGACAGCGAACGGAGGCGGCGGCGAUGGCGGCGGCGAUGGCGCCGGCGGCGCCGCCGAGGGCGCACGCGGCGCCGAGGCGAAAGCCGCAGCACUCGGCGACGAGAGCGCCGAAGAUCACGCCCGCGCAGUUGGAAGCGAUGGGGGUGAAUGAGCUCAUCUGUAAGAAGGUGAAGAGAUUCUGGCCGAGCGAGGGGGGGUGGUUUGAUUGCAUCAUCACGGAUUAUAACACCGAGACGAAGCAGCAUUGCUUGACGUACGAAAUCAAUACCCCGAACGAGUCGUACGAAUGGGCGGACAUCUCGACGUUUUCCCCGCAUGAGUUCAAGAUUGAAGAGGGCAGGGUGGAUAUUCGUGAAUUGCAGGCGUUCACGCAAGGACCAGGGGCGGCAGCGGCGCAAGCGCAGGCCAACACGUCGGUGGUGGGCGCUCCCGCGGACCACAUCGUUGCGGCGGCGACCAAGGCGCGUGAUCCGGCCAAAUUCGAGGCGGUGAAGACCUCUUUGACGGCCGAAGAGGAGGCGCUACGAAAGCAACUCGCAGAAUUGGAAGACAGCGAAGAUGAAGACGAUUAA